AUGAAGAUGGUUCCGACAUUUCUGUUUCUCAUAUUUUUAACUAGUUCCAAUGCGGAUAUGGAUUUUCAAGCAACAAUGAUUGCCGAUCUAGUGCGCUCCAUGGAGAGGCCAUCAUUAGUUAUCGCCACGCUUUGCUGGCCAGCCUAUAAAAAACUAAAAUUAUAUUCAAUGCUGGAUGGCUGGUAUCAGGAAUGGGAGUCAUUUGAUCUUCAUUUAGAAAAAUAUGCACAAAUGCAAAGUAUUGUGUUUUUGGCUGACCUGAACUGUCCGAAUGUUUCAAACCAUCUUCAAAAGAGUUUAGAAAAAAAAUAUUUUCGUUCACCGUAUCGGUGGUUAAUUCUAAAAACAACAGAAAGUAAUAAAGAAAACAAAAUAGUUCCUGAAGCCAUUUAUGAUUUUGAUAUUUUUCCUGACAGUGAAGUGAUGGUCAUUUUUCCCGUGGGAGAUACAUCCGAUAUUUAUUUCAUUUAUCGAGUGGGUGCAGGUGAAGCUUGGAAGACAGAGUUUUAUGGAACGUGGGAUGUCCAGAAUAAAGUUCGUAAAAGCAGUGCCAUGUUCCUGUCUACAGCUUUACGAAGACAGGAUCUCAGUGGACACGAGAUCAGUAUCUGUUAUGUUCUCACCGACAGUGACAGUAUUAACCAUUUGACUGAUGAAGUUAAUGAUUAUAUCGACACUAUCACAAAGGUGAAUUUCCCAACGACAAAUCAUCUGCUAGACUUCCUCAACGCGAACAGGAAGUAUUUAUUUGCGAACACCUGGGGGUACCACGUGAACGGUACCUGGGACGGCAUGACUGGGUACCUGGUAAGAGAAGAGGUUGAGAUAGGAGGGUCUCCAAUGUUCUUCACGUCAGAACGCAUGUCAGUAGUGGAGUACAUAGCCAGCCCGACUCCAACCCGGUCUAAAUUCGUUUUCCAACAGCCGAAGCUCUCUUACGAGAACAAUUUGUUUUUGCUAUCGUUCAAAUCUGCCGUGUGGUACAGCUGCAUUGCGCUGGUCUUCAUCAUGCUCCUAGCUAUCUUCGUCGUUGCUGUGUGGGAGUGGAAGAAACAUGCAGAUACUUUUGAUUCGAGAAAUAAAGACGCUGGCGUGCUGCGGCCGAGCAUCGCAGAUAUUGUUAUUCUAAUAUUUGGCGCCACUUGCCAGCAAGGAAGCCCUGUUGAAUUGAAAGGACUGUUGGGUCGUAUAGUCAUGUUGAUCCUGUUCCUGGCUCUAAUGUUCCUCUACACGUCGUAUUCUGCCAAUAUCGUGGCUCUUCUGCAAUCUAGUUCUUCGAAAAUCAAGAGUUUGGAAGACCUACUCAACUCCAGAAUCAAAUUUGGAGUUCACGAUACAGUUUUCAACAGAUAUUAUUUUGCGACCGCUACUGAACCCAUAAGGAAGGCGAUUUAUGAAAAGAAAGUGGCUCCCCCUGGAAGUAAACCAAGAUUUAUGUCGAUGGAAGAAGGAGUAAAACUAAUGCAAAAGGGGUUAUUCGCAUUCCACAUGGAAACAGGCGUUGGUUACAAGUUCGUAGGGAAAUAUUUCAAGGAAAGUGAGAAGUGCGGCUUGAAGGAAAUUCAAUAUUUGCAAGUAAUUGACCCCUGGUUAGCCGUGAGAAGGGAUACUCCAUACAAAGAGAUAUUUAAAAUUGGAAUUUCUGAAAACGAUUGGCACGUGGAAUACUAUGGAAAUUGGGAAGCGAGUGGUGGACUCAUAAAAUCUAUGCAGAUGGAAGUCACGACUGCCAUGAGGCGAAGGAAUUUGGAGAGAAAUGUUAUUACGACGUCGCUGAUCGCUGUAGAUAAUAGAACUAAGGAGAACUUAUAUGACUUACGCAACGUCGAGAUAGACGUGACCACCAAAGCUAAUAUCCGACACAUAGACGUCCUCUAUGACUUCAUAAACGCCACUAAAGCCAUCAAAUUUACAAAUACUUGGGGUUAUUUUAUAAAUGGCUCUUGGAAUGGCAUUGUUGGACAUUUUGUUCGAGGAGAGACGGAUAUUGGAGGGACGGUGAUGUUUAUAAACUUAGAGAGGAUAAGGUUGCUUAAGUUCAUCUGCCACCCGACCAACAUUGUGGUGGAGUUCGUGUUCCGGGAGCCCCCCCUCUCCUACCACAGCAACCUCUUCUUGCUACCCUUUACAAGGACCGUUUGGAUGUGCAUAGCUGCUUUCGUGCUUAUAUUUUUGUUCAUCACCUAUCUUAAUGUUUACUGGGAGUCUAUCAAAAUUGAUAAGGAAAUUAUGAAGGAAGCACCAAAUCAUCCUGCAUUACGAGCUAAUGUGAGCGAUAUCGUGGUGCUCCUGAUAAGUGCUAUGUGCCAGCAGGGAAGUUCUAUAGAACUUAAAGGAGGGGUCGGUCGCCUGAUCAUGUUUUUGAUAUUCCUGUCGUUCCUGUUCCUGUACACGUCAUACUCGGCCAGCAUCGUAGCUCUGCUGCAGUCCAGCUCCAGCCACAUCCGCACGCUGGCCGACCUGUACAACUCCGGGAUGGAACUCGGAAUCGAAAACUUACCCUACAACAUAUAUUACUUCACGUCAGCAAAAGAUCCACUGAGGAAAGCAAUUUACCAAAAUAGAGUAGCGGCAAAGGGACGCAAACCAAAUAUCCUAUCUAUAGAAGAGGGUGUAAAAAGAGUACAAACUUCACAUUUUGCCUUCAAUAUGAACCUCCUAGCCGGAUACAGAUUGGUGAACAAAUAUUUUCAUGAACACGAAAAAUGUGGGCUUCAACAAAUGAAAUACAUCGAGGAUAACAAACCGUUGAUAACUUGUGCUAAACAUUCUCCAUACGUGGAAAUUUUCAAGAUCGGGUUACAAAGAGGGAUGGAACACGGUUUGUUCGACCGAGUCAAUCAGAUCGUCUACAUGAAGAAGCCGUUGUGUAUCGUCCGGGGGGGUAGUUUCAUAUCUGUCACAAUUAGGGACUUCUACCCUGUUCUCCUCAUGCUACUUUACGGAAUGAUCCUCUCUGUAGUUAUUUUAAUCAUUGAAGUGAUCGUCCAUCGCAAAUAUACGCAAAUUUGUAGUCGCUUUGACAACUCAUUAGAUAAUUAGUUCAAUGAAUUCGAUCGUUCCAACCAGUAGGUUAAUAAGAUGUCAGUUAUCUGAUAGGUAUAAUUAACUAAUGCACAUGCAAAAUGUAUUAGUAUUACAUACAAUGAUAUUCCUUAUCCACCAUAGUAUAGGUUUAAAAUAAAAUUCAGAAAACCUAUUUAUCAAUACUAUAAAAUAUAUAAUAUUUAACAAAACCUUUCCCACUAUGAUGUUAUGUAUGCACGUCCGUUGCGUCAAUACAUUCGACAAGCUAUAAUUAAAGAAGAGACAUGCAAUUACACCCUAACAUGCAAUCAGAAAGCUUGAACAACCAUUUUGAAUUCCCAGGUAAAAAAGUCCAGCUUAUGUCAGAGCUAUAUACCUUAGAUCAACCAAGAGCGAUUCGUUUCAUGAAGACUGUGCUCCCUUCAGAUGACUUCAUGCGUCGCGAGCAUCUGUUACUUGUCGCUGAUAUUAAUUGUCCA